GUGAGGUUAUGGGCAGCAAUUGAAUGCAUCGCUGCGUGGUAAGAACGGGCGGUGCUGCUGCAGCACAGGUACACACUUUGCUUCCUGAACACAGCCAAAGCGGCCUUUUUCACCACUCCUGGAUCCAAAAAAUCUUACAAUUUUAAACAAAUCCGCAGCCAUGGCGGAGGAGGCUGACAAGGUAGAGACCGCGGACAGCGAGCAAGAAGAGGAAGUGGAGGCUCAGUACGAAGUGGAGCGGAUCAUCGACAUGCGGGUGGAAGAGGGCGAAGUGCUCUACAGAGUCCGCUGGAAGAACUACUGCUCGGACGAUGACACUUGGGAGCCAGAGGCCCACUUGGAGGACUGUCGUGAGGUCCUCUUGGCUUUUAAGAAGAACAUGGCUGAGAUCAAGAUCAAGAAAGAGGCAGAAGCCAAGAAGCCCCCGAAACCUCUGCCUUCAAAGAGCGAAUUGUUCGAUGCAAACUCAGACAUCGACAGUGACAAAGACCGUCCCACAGAGGCACCCGUCAAGAAGAAGAAAAAGAUAAGGGUACAGGAAGAAGAAGAAGAAGAAGAAGAACUAAAAGAGGAACUACCUCCAAAGGAGAAGAAGAAGAAGAAGAAAGAGAAACGGAAGGAGCAGUUGAGGCCGAUCCCGGCACCAGACACCGACAAAGAGGAAGAAGAAGAAGGAGAGAAAGCCCCGACUCCAUCCUCUCCUGCAAAGGAGAAAAAGCCUGAUUUGAAAAAGCGUCUGGUUGAAUCUGAAGAUGAGGACGAUGAGCCUGUUCCCUCCAAAAAACACAAGAAGGAGAAGGGAAAAGAGGGAGGGAAACAAAAGAAGGACAAGGUAGAGGAGGGGAAGAAGAGGAAAGGGAAGAAGGACAGGAAGGUGGAAACCUCUGAAGAUGAGGCCGCUGCACCGCUGGAGGAGAACCAGAGCGACGGCCCAUCAGAGUCCCAGAUGGACGACAAUGCCUCAACGGAUACCGUGACAAAGCCGGCAGAAAAAGCCCGCGUUGACGACAAGUCCAAACUUACCAAGGGGAGGCUGGAGGUGAAGCUGCAGGGCAUUAAAGACCUCAUCCACGAGAAAAGGAGCAAAAAGCCAGACGCCGCUCAGAAAGAAAGCAGCCUCCAAAAACUGAAGAGCCUCACCUCGAAAGUGAAAGAGGACACCGCUCUGCACUCGGACUCUAGCGAUAGCUCCACCCUUCACAAGAAAGCCAAGAGCAAAGGGCAGGAGAUCACGCCCGCACCCCCCAAAGCCCCGUCUUCCUCCACAUCCUCAUCGUCCUCCUCUUCCUCGGUCACACCCGCAGUCGGCCUCAAGUCGAGGGAGGAGGAGGUGGCGGCGGCUAAAGAGGAGCCGUUGGGAGCGAAGGACGCUGCAGGCUCCACUAAUCUGUUUGAGAAGUUCCUGUUAAACUGCGAGGCCAAAGACCGCGCCCCCCGCAGGCAGCCCGGGCAUCAGACCGCCCCAGAGAAGACCAGCAGCAAACCCACAAAGCUAAUAGGAAAGAUUGAGAAGAUCCCCAAGGCAACCAAAGAGUCUCCUGCUCAGAAAGCAGAGUCCGAGAAGACGGAGAAGAACAAGCAAUCGGAGGCCUCCAGACCUGGCCAGAGCUUUGGCUUCAGCCUGGACAGCGAGGAGAGGGAAGCAGAGGACACUCCAGCAAAGCAGAAGCCUGGAGAAGAUUCCCGGGAGAGGAAGGAGAGAUCAGAGGAGGCACAGCGGCCCGGCUGGGAGAGGAAGCCUCCUGCAGAGGACAGGAGGAAGAGGAGAGAGGACAGCGAGACCAGGCUCUUCAUGGCAUGUGACGACAAUCAGGACUCCCAGGACCCACCGGGGGGCGCUGACAAAUCUGACAAGGGCCAAGCCACUUUGAGUCUAGGAAUGGACCUGAACCUGGACUGGAUGACGCUGGAUGACUUCCAGAAACAUCUGAACGGAGACGACGAGAUCCUGUCAGGUCCUCCAUUAUCACCCAGUGAAUUGCGGGAAGCUGUGAAGAGUGGAGAUUACAUGGCUGUAAAGUUGGCUCUUAAUUCCAAAGAGGAGUACAAUCUGGACCAGGAGGCUUGUACUAUUGGUGAGGCGAGGUCAUUUGAAGGCGAGAGGAGCUUGAUUGAAGAGAGAAGUUCGGGUGAUGCUCUUAGGUUGACUUCUGACCUUGACAGUGCCAGAAAUUACGAGGGUACUCAAAGAGUAAAAGAGAAUUCCCCACAAGGUAUGGAGGUAGAAAGAAUGCCAAGCUGUUCUGCCAGUAUAAAUGCUGAGCAAGUGACAUUCAGGGAACAUGAACUGGUCCCAAAUGGUGAAAAGGAUAUAACGGAAUCAAAAAGUGCUGCUUCUGAUUCUGCUGCCAAGCAGGAAAGUCAAGGAAAGGAAGACCAGAAGCAAACACAGGAAGACGAGAUGUCAGAGGACGCAAAUGGUUGUUUUACAAGUAAAAUGAGUUUGAACUUUGCUCAUUCAGAUAACACAAAUGCAGAAGGGAUGCUUACAAGAAACGAUGACAAUACAGAACAAAAUGGCAUUGCCCCUGAGGACUCAAAUGGCUCAAGUGAUGAGGCAGAGGCAGGUCAGACAGAUGGUAAAGAUACAUUUCGGUCAAGCACAAAGGAGAUUCGUAAAAGGCGACCAUGGCGUCGCAGAAGAUAUGUGGAGAGAAAACAACCAGCACGAUCCAGUAAGAGAGUUAUUCAGUUCACUCCUGCUGUGGAUGAGGAAAAAAAAGAGCCGGGUAAAAAGCACUUCUGUUUAUAUUGCAAAAUCGCUUAUACCCAACUUGCAAAGCACUUGGAAAGAAGGCAUGCAGAGGAAACAGAUGUUACCCAUGCAAUACACUUUCCCAAAGGUUCCAGAGUUAGACAGAGUCUACUUGACCAGAUUCGAAAUAAAGGAGAUUAUGAACAUAAUUGCCAAGUUCUCAAAAGUGGCGAAGGGGAAAUUGUCACCAAGAAACAGGUUAAAAAUCCCAGCAUAUCAGUACGUGACUUCCUUCCUUGCCAGCACUGCUUUGCUUUUUAUCGCAAAACAGAUUUAUGGAGGCAUGAGCGGUCAUGUAAGGCCAGAAAGGGAGAUCAGAAAUCUUCUGAUAAAACUAAGAAAAGCAGAGUCCAUAGUGCUGCAUCCCGCCUGCUUCCAAUGUCAGAGUUCUUAAUUGGUGGUUGCGAGGAAAUCAUCCACAUCAUGCAUCAAGAUGACAUUUCAAGGCAUGUUAGAAACGAUCCCCUUAUUUGUAAAUAUGGAAAUGCAUUGUCUGCCAAGUAUGACCAUGACAAGUCUCAGUUUGCUUAUAUUGCACAAAAGAUGAGGGAAUUAGGUAGAUUUGUGGUCGCUGUAAAUGAGCUUGAUGGCAGCGUAAAGUACCUGCAUGAAAUAUGCCUUCCAUCCAGAUUUGGAUUAGCCAUUGAAGGGGCCAAAAAACUAAGUGGCUUUGACCCCAGUUCCAGUAAGUUUAAAACAAUUUCCCUCGUCUCCAAGAUUCGCUACUCUCUGAAACGUGCUGCAGAAAUAGCUUUUGGGGAAAGCCGCAUGACAGAGGACAGUGAAACAGAAACUGAAGUAAGAAAGUUCAUACAACUUCUCGAUACAAAGUGGAGUGAGUGUUUUUCUCGCAAAGCUCUUGCAUUAUCCCAAAAGCAAGACGUUAAGAAAGUGGAAGUAGACAAAUCAACUGUGACGGAAGAUCUGAUGAAACUCCACACGUUUAUCACGGGGGAAGAAGAAGAAGCAAGGAAGGAGCUGAAAGAAAGUCCUAAUUUGUCAACUUGGAAAAAGCUCAGCGAGGCCACCCUUGCAGAUGUGUGUUUGUUCAACAGAGGACGGGUAGGAAAUAUUGGUAGAUUGCUUUUGCAAAGUUACGAUAAGAAGAGUUGUGGAACAUUUAUGCCCUCUGCAGAUCAAAUUAGAAAAAGCACUAAAUUGGAGCUGGACCUUGGUAGCAGUUUCACCAGAUUAGAACUAGAAGGUCAGUUCGGGAGGAACAUGCUGGUUCUGCUCACGGAGAAAAUGGUUUCAUCAAUCGAUUUACUCGUUGAAAAUAGAGAACAAGCGGGCGUGUCAAAAAUGAACCCAUACCUGUUUGCACGGACUGAAGGUCCGUCCUUCAUCAGAGCAUUGGAUUGUUUCCGAAGGUCUGCAAUGGAAUGUGGAGUAAAAAACCCUGAAGCCCUUCUGUCCUCAUCAUUAAGAGAGCAAAUUGCCCUUUGCUGGCAGCUCAUGAGCCUGAGUGAACACGAAGUGGAUCAAGUAUCCAAGAUGUUGGGAAGCAGUAGCCAGGAGUGUUACAGUCUCUCAAAAAAUGCAUUACUACUGGAGGAAAUGAGCCAACAGCUUCUCAAAAUGGAUCGAACGCUUCCAUCAAGUCCACCUACCAAUGCAAGUGACGGAACUGUAGAGAAGCCUGCCUUAAAGAGAAGACCCUGGAGUGAGUGGGAGCAGGCCGCAGUGAAGCGUUACUUGGGUGAAUUUAUCACAGAGUUAAAGGUUCCAGGCAAAAAAGAGUGCAAUGCUUGCAUAGCUGCUGAACCAGAUCUUUGUGGGAGAUCUUGGACCGACGUCAAAAACUACGUACACAACACACUACAGACAAUACGGAGGAGAAGUACCCACCAUAAAUCUGACGGGAGUUUAACUGAGAGUUCAAAAGGUGGAGUCCAAAACACAGAGAAAGAUUUGGAAGACUCGAACGUUGUGUCUAAUUUGACAACAGUGAAUCUAGAUCAUCUGACUGAAAGCGGUUGUAUGACAAUGGCUCCAACCAAUUUCUCCCAGGAGAUGACUUCAACGUAUGCUUCCUUAUGUUCUACUAGUGCAGACAUGAACCUUACAAGUCAACAGUUGAUUUCAACUUUCACACCAUUAAACGCUACUGAUACACAAGUGGUUCCUACAUUUACUCCACACAACAAAACAAAUGCACUAAUGCCUCCUGCAUACACAUCGGAGAACAACAUCAUAAUGCCGUUGUCCCCUUCUUAUACACAGAAUGCCACAAGUAUGUCAGCAUCUUCUGUGUAUACACCACAGGACAAUACAGGUUCAACCAUGAUUCCUCAUUUUAGCACCUUUACUGUCCCCAGCACUUCAAUGGUUCCUACAUUCACGCCAUUGAACACAAUUGCACCCAUGGCCACUGCUUUCUCACCAAUAAAUGACAGAAAUAGGCCAAUUGUUUCUUCUUUCACACCUUUGAACCAUGUCAGUACACCUGGGUACCCCACAGGAUCACCACCUAGGGCUCCUACAACUGCUCAGGUUGUCCCAACAGUCCAUAGAACGGGUGUUUCUGACAGAACACCAGUUGGACAAGAAAGUGGGUCAAGUGCAGGAGGACAAGUCAGUCCAGCUGACAAGCCUCCAAAGAGAAACAAGAGGUUGUGGAGCAAGGAGGAGCAGGAUGCUGUGAGGCAUCAGAUGGGAGACUUCUGUACACUUGUGAAAGUGCCAGGCAAAAAGGAUUGUGAUGCAUGUUUAGCUGCCGAACCUGCCUUAAACAGCAGAACAUGGAGGGAUGUCAAGUAUUUUGUACAUAACUCAAUUCAGUCAUUUAAAAGAAGAGGGCAUGUUGUGGCCUGCAAACCAAGUGAAGGACAGGAACCAGAGACACAAAAUAAUCCACACACGGAGUGGGAUGGUCCUGUGUAUAUGUCCCUGUAAAUAUUUCAAAUGGACUUCCAAAAAAAACAACUAAGUGAUUUUAGAGGCGUGCGAGGGCUGUAGCUUUUACCUUAAUAAUUCAGCAGUGAAUUGGUGUCUGCCCUGCCUUUCUUUUAGUCACAUUUUUGUUUAAAGUUCAAAGUAUUCAGAAUCAUGUCCAUUGGUACUGUUGCAUGACUAUACGCUAAAUGGGUCUAACUAAGGACGUUUGUACUGUAGCUUUGGCUUUAGAAAAAGGCUGAUGGUAAUGUUUUGAUAUGGUUAGAUUACAUAUGUGACACAGUCAAUUAUGUACCUCUGUCAAGUUGUCCAAUCAUCACGGGUUUGAUCUCUGGAAUGUGCUCUAAUUUAGAUGUGUGAUCAUCUAGUAAAUGUAAACCUAAUUUGUUCCAGGAUUUGCCACCUGCAAUUAGUCACUGGCUUUGGGAUGAAGGAACUGUGGCACCUAAACACGCUAUGAUAUGUGAAACUGAGCAAAGGUAGCCUCAGUGAGACAUUUCCAGAGGGAUUUUUACUCUUCUUUACGUCAAUACCUACUGAAACACCUAUCUUUCUGCUUGUACUGUUUUCAGUAGCGUUUUUAUGGAUUUUGAUGAUCAUAAAACAAAUUGAAAACCUACCAGCAGUAUUUGCAUCCAGUCCCUCCAACAUGAUAGAUGUGGGUAGAUUUGCUUUACAUAAUUCCCAAAUGCCUGCCCCAAGUGUACCGUGUUCUUUCUUUAGCCAGUAGCCUAUAUUGUAGAUGGCCCCUGAUAGCCUGCAGCAGUAAUCGCAUACCUUCCCUGCUGAUGUUAGAGAAUUAGGAGCUCCAUGUGUAUACCUCUCACCUAAUCAUGAAUCUUGUUAAUAAUGUUUUUUCAUGUUUUUAGUUUUGUUGUAUGUUUAUUAAUAAGCUGCUGUAAGCUUUGGUUGUUGUAUUUUUGUAUCACUACAGCAACGGUGCGGAACAUUUGAGUAUUUUAUCAUACUUCGUAUACUCUGAUUUGAGGUUUAUACACUACAUUUGUCUAAGAUGUAUUACUUCCUUUUAAGCUUUUACUAUCUGGAUAUUGAUAUCUAGUAGCCAAAAUCAGAUUGCCUUAAAUAAAUGUAUAACCAGAAUAAAAAUGAGACAAUUUAAAAAAACAACUUUGAUUCCCAAUGGAUAACAUUAAAGGUCAAGUAAAUUAAUAUAGUCGUUAUCACCUUUGACUGAAAGACGGUGUUUUAUUUGCCCACAAAAUACACAUUUAAUUUUUAAGCUGAACUUUGUUCCUGUCAAACACGUACCAUGUAGUAGGUUUGAAGCAGAAUACUGAACACAGGUUCAACCUGAAAUCCACAUUGUCAAUAGCAGAUUGCUGGUCACAAGCCACAUUUCAGUUUAAAUCAUUGUCACUGUAGUGUUUAUUUGCCAUUUAAAGGUUUAAAUCUGAUGUUUGGUCUGGUCAGUCGUGUCUGUCCUUAUUAGGACACCAGAAAAGAACAUGCCUUCUGCAGUCUUUCUUAAAAAUGUCUUUGUGAUCAGGAAGCUAAAGUUAUGGUUUAGACUUUCAGAUUGCACCAAGGCUGUUUGUGUGAUUCUGAAUACCAACUGUAGUGAAUAUGUUUUAGAGUAACCAUUUUUUUUUACCCAAAGCCCUGAGUCAGACAAACAAAACCUUGACUGAGAGCCCUAUCAUGUGACCCGUGUUAGCUCAUUCACACCAACGGCUAACAUGUUUUCCUUGUAUAGUUUUUGAAAGUUGCGGUAUACAGUAGUGUCUACAGAUGUUUAAUUUUCAUUCAGACGCUACACUUGCUGUUUGGUGUUGCAAAGCAACAUUUCCCUGUAUAGUUAUAACUUCCUCUCAUUGUCAUUGUAUGAAUACACUGUGCGUUUUACUCUUCAUCCUGUUGUAAUUAUGUUGCCUUCUCCUAAUGCUUAUGAU